CUUCACCCCCCGUAACCUUGUUAGUCCGGAAUCGCAUUUGCCUCUGCACGCCACGCCCCUACAAAAAUACCUCACAAAAACUAAUCUGUGUUCCGUUUUCUUCCGCGCAUCCCAUCAUUCCUCUCCUCUCCAGGCCUUGGUCAACGAAAAUCGCCGCACUUUGGCUCACACCCUAGUACUAAGGGGAGAUCUUCCAAAAUACCCAACCAACUUAGUCAACCCACCCUUUUUUAGAUAUAACUGGCAACACCUUUAAUCCACCCAUUCACCCAUUCACCCAUCCGCCCUUUCCCCCUCUGCCCCUCUGUGCCUCUGGCCCGCGCCGUCUCCACCUCCCACCCACCGGCAGACCUGCGAGCCCCGUACUCGAGUCGACGUCCUCCCACCGCGAAAGGCGCGCAACGAACACCAAUCUCCACCCGGAAACGCGUUGAAUACGGGCUCAACCCACGCAUGACCGGCAAUUAUGGCAGCAUCGGACUCAUCGGACUCAGCUAUCAACGGAACUUCCGAUCGUGAACGUAUUGACGCUCUCCGCGCGGAUGUCCUUGCUCUCACAUCACUCGUUGAGGGAUUUUCGACAAGGACCGCAGAGGAUGCUACGAUGCAUUGGCAACUGAGUGGGGAGUCGAAAGCCAGACUCGAUCAUCUGGAUCAGAUGAUGCAAACACGGCUCAGGCUCAGUUGCUACAAACACUUGUUGAUCAAUCAGCAGCUCAUUAAACAGCACGCGAACCCGAACGGAUGCAAUGAUGUCUCCUUGUGGUUAUUUGUUUGUUUAUUUGCUUAUUUCUCAGUUGUGAAGCAUGACGGGUAUCAAUGGCAGUGAGCGUGGUGGGUAUGGUACCUGUGACAGGUAUGGGGAUAGUAAUAUCGGGGCGGCUGCCCAUGGACAGGGCAGAUGGGAUAACAAGGCAAUAAUAUGGGGGGUGUUGUCUUCCUCG